AUGCACAUCCUUUCCUCCGGCCAUGUAGUAUCUGUCGUUCUACCACAUAGGCAGAGAUCAUGGAUUGGCAAAGCUCACCUUGUUGGAGCUACCGUCAAACCGACGUACUUUCACCCGGGGACCCUUUUCCAAGACGACGGCACAAUACACUCGCUACCACGCAGUGAAGAAGGAGAAAACAGCGAGGGAGACGAAUGGAUUCUCAUUGACUCGACGCCCGCAAGCUGCGUUCAAAUCGGCUUAUUCCACUACUUUCAAGACCGCGGACCGGUAGAUUUGGUGAUUUCCGGACCAAACUAUGGAAGGAAUUCCACUGCAGUCUUCUCUCUCUCCAGUGGUACCAUCGGCGGAGCGAUGGAGGCUGCAGUUUGUGGAUACAAAGCAAUUGCUCUAUCAUUCGCUUUCAGCUCACGCGAUCAUGACCCAGUCGUUAUAUCAGAAGCCUCGAAUCACUCGGUUCGGUUGAUAGAGCACCUUUACAAGAACUGGACCAGUGGAGUUGACCUCUACAGCAUCAACGUGCCCCUUGAACAAGGAAUAAGCAAAUCGAAGAUUCUAUAUACGAACAUUUUAGACAAUCGUUGGUCGGGAAGUUGUUUCGAAGCAAUUGAUGCCGAAUUAAGUGGUGAGGAUCCCGGCCUGCAGGAACAUCUGCUUAGACAAAAGGAAGAAGGGAGUACCCUAAAUGGAGAUACAUCUGGCACCUCCUCCACGAGGUUCCAACACAAACACUUUAAAUGGGCUCCAAAAUUUGGAGAUGUCUAUAAGAGUGAGCAGACCAGCCCGCCGGGAAAUGAUGGCUGGGCUGUCAGGUCUGGUUUUACAAGAAUGGCAGAACACUGA